AUGACAGAUUCCGAUGAUGAUUUCAAUUCAGUUUUUAAUAAUCCUUUACCACCUAAAUUUAUUCAUUGGCCAUUAGAUUUAGACAUAGAUGACGAUGAAUUUCGAGUUCGCUAUCCGUUUUCAGAUGUUCCAGAAAUGGAACCAAACGAAAGUUGGAAAUCAUGUGAUUUGUCAUCAACAUUUGGUAAUCAUAUUCAUCAAUUGAAUGAUUCAGAUGAUUGUAAUUCAACAAGAAAAGAGAAUGAACAAGUGAAUGAUUCAUCAACUGAACAACAAAAAGAAAAGGUCGAUGUUCAAUUGGCAUCUUAUCUUGUGGAUGAACGUUGUGAAAAUCAAAAAAAGAAUUCAGGCCAAUUGAACAAUUAUAACGAAGAAAAGCGCGAUAAAAAUAAACAAAUGAAUUCAAAUCAAUUGAAUAAUUAUCGCGAACAAAAGCGAGAUGAUGAUCAUCAAUAUGAUAGUGCCAAUCAAGAUAAAGAAACCGACGUUGAAAAGUUUAAAUCAUUAAAUCAGAUUGAAAAAAAUGAUUAA